AUGAGGCUGCAGCUAGCUGUUCCCCACGUCAAAAUAGACCGCAAGCUCCUGAAGCCUCAAGUGGAGAGGAGGAGGCGGGAAAGGAUCAACCGUUGCCUAGAAACACUCAGCAAGAUGCUGAUGCAAGACCGUGAGAACCAGAAAAGAACCGAGAAAGCAGAGAUUCUGGAACACACUGUUGCUUUUCUGAGGAGCAACAGUCACCAUGACAGCAACAACCUCCGCAACGGCUUCUCCACCUGCCUGCAAAGAGCCUCUGAGUUCCUCCAGACAACAGAACUGACCUCAAAUCAGAAGCUGGCGCUGUCAUCAAGACUGGACAUGGUUGCUGACCGCUAUCAUCAUCAUCAUCCUCAUCUGAAACGGGAUGUCCAGGCUCCCCUAUCUCCACCCAUCGUCUCCAAGCCACAGAGCCCCAAGAGCUCCACAUUAAAAGCUGCGUCGUGGAGCCGCAGAUCACCGUCCUGCAUGUCCACAGUCUCUCCCUCCCACAGAUGCCAGCUGACCCCAGACUCGCAUGUCCAGCCAUCUACAGAAGCUUCCAGACUCAUCACAACAGGCUACUCACAGAUUGGGAAGGGAGGCUGUCGUCCCCAGCAACAGUUGCCACCAACCCAGCCCAUGUGGAGGCCAUGGCCUUGA